UAUUUUUUGCUUUUUAUUUGUUUGCGCCGGGGAUGAUUCUGCAAACCAGGUGUGAUCGCUCCAGGCUCUCGGCGCGGCCCCUCCAGUAAAAAGCUCCCGCAAGCCAAACCAAAGCUGCCCGGACCGGAGGAAGGACACAGCUGGACUUUGGGCUUUUGUGUUUGUUUCCCGUUCUCUCUCCCCCCCCCCCUUGCCCUUUCCUUUCCCGGCGUUUGGACUCGAGUGCGCGGUCGUGUGGACCGGGGUACUCCGGAUUGGCGGGGGGGGGGAUUUAAAAAGAAGAAGAAAGAAAGCGAGGUUAGCCCUCCGCCCCCCCUUCUCUUUCCUCGCUCGCCUUUCUCCGCCAGCCGGCCUGGGGCUGUCGGAUCUUCCUCCAAGAAGGACGGGAACUUUUUAUUUUCAGCGCUUUCGGCCUGUGGCGAAUGGUUGGAGUCUCCAGUCCUUUUCGGUAAAAGAUUGAUCACUGGGCUGGUGAACGUAAUAGCUGUCCCAGUCAGAAAAGGAGAGAGGAAAUUAGCAGGAAGAUUGGUGGAAAAUGAUAUCUGUCAAAAGAAACACUUGGAGAGCACUGAGUUUAGUAAUAGGUGACUGCCGGAAAAAAGGGAACUUUGAAUUUUGCCAAGAUCGGAUUGAGAAGCAUUCCACAAUGCCAGAUUCACCUGUGGAUGUGAAGACACAAUCCAGGCUGACCCCUCCAACAAUGCCUCCUCCCCCAACUACCCAAGGAGCACCAAGAACCAGUUCUUUCACACCCACAACAUUAACUAAUGGCACGAGCCAUUCACCAACAGCUUUGAAUGGGGCUCCUUCCCCACCAAAUGGCUUUAGCAAUGGCCCAUCCUCCUCCUCCUCCUCAUCUUUGGCUAAUCAGCAACUACCACCAGCUUGUGGAGCUCGGCAGCUUAGCAAACUGAAGAGAUUUCUUACAACCUUACAACAGUUUGGCAAUGACAUUUCACCAGAGAUUGGGGAGAGAGUGCGUACCCUUGUGCUAGGACUUGUGAACUCUACUUUGACAAUUGAAGAAUUUCAUUCCAAACUGCAAGAAGCCACUAACUUCCCACUGCGACCUUUUGUCAUCCCAUUUUUGAAGGCCAAUUUGCCCCUGCUACAGCGGGAGCUCCUACAUUGUGCAAGGCUGGCCAAGCAAAAUCCCGCCCAGUACCUCGCUCAGCAUGAGCAGCUGCUUCUGGAUGCCAGCACCACCUCACCUGUUGACUCCUCAGAGCUGCUUCUCGAUGUGAACGAAAACGGGAAGAGGCGAACUCCAGACAGAACCAAAGAAAAUGGCUUUGACAGAGAGCCUUUGCACUCAGAGCAUCCAAGCAAGCGGCCGUGCACUAUUAGCCCAGGCCAGCGGUACAGUCCAAAUAACAGCUUGUCUUACCAGCCUAAUGGUCUGCCUCACCCUACUCCGCCUCCACCUCAGCAUUACCGUUUGGAUGAUAUGGCCAUUGCCCACCACUACAGGGACUCAUACAGACACCCCAACCACAGGGACCUCAGGGACAGAAACAGACCUAUGGGGUUGCAUGGGACACGUCAAGAAGAAAUGAUUGAUCAUAGACUAACAGAUAGAGAAUGGGCCGAAGAAUGGAAACACCUUGACCAUCUCUUAAAUUGCAUCAUGGACAUGGUAGAAAAAACAAGGCGAUCUCUCACUGUGCUACGGCGAUGUCAAGAAGCUGACCGGGAAGAACUUAAUUACUGGAUACGGCGGUACAGCGAUGCAGAGGAUUUGAAAAAAGGCAACGGUAGCAAUCAUUCUAGGCAGCAGAGUCCAGUGAAUCCGGAUCCCAUCCCUUUAGACUCACAUCGGGAAUUCCUUCACAGGCCUGCUUCUGGAUAUGUUCCAGAGGAGAUCUGGAAGAAAGCUGAGGAAGCAGUCAAUGAAGUAAAACGGCAAGCAAUGACCGAGUUGCAGAAGGCAGUGUCAGAGGCAGAACGGAAAGCCCAUGAUAUGAUUACUUCAGAGAGAGCUAAAAUGGAGCGCACAGUGGCAGAGGCCAAACGACAGGCUGCAGAGGAUGCAUUAAGUGUGAUCAAUCAGCAAGAGGAUUCUAGUGAGAGAAAAAAGAAAUAUUAAAAUCCAUGCGGAAAGGGAAGUCUUGAUUAAGCCUGCCCCAAUAAACAGAUGCUAAGUAUAAUUUCUUUCAGCUUAACAUUGAUGGGAGCUUUUGUUUAUGGUCUUUCUUUUUAUCAUAUCUUUUUACAUGUACCAACAUUUUUGUGAGCGUAGUUUUCAAUAAUUUUUCAAUACUAAAUUAAGAUGUUGAUAAGAUAUCUUAAUUUAGUAUUUAAAAAUUAUGUGAAAUAUUUCACACAAUUUAUCUAUUUUGAAAUAUUUACACAAUUUUAAUUAUUCUAAGCAUGGUGUUUAAUAUGUGUAGCAAGUUGGUAACAUCUAGAGUGAUUUAGGUGCAAAAAUUCCAAUUAAGUUCUUGCUCCAUGUUGAAAGAAGUGGCAAAAAUCACAGGCAAAAUCUACAGCGUGGAGUAAUACACAUCCAUUAUUUAAGGGAGAGUAAGAUUUUAAUUGGUCCCAGGCAUCAUCAGAGAUGAAAGGCUAUUGGGAAAUGACUAGAUGCCCAGAGUUUCAACUUAAUGUGUAGCAGAUGAAUGAAGAAGAGACAUAAGGAAUUGAUUUACAACAUCUGAAAGUUUCCUAAAAAAAAACAAAAAAACCCUAAGAAUAAAUGUGUGUCUGUUUGUGUGCCUGUGUAUGAAAGAGAAAUGUCAUUCUUAGCAAAUCUUUUGCAGAAUUAAAUUUGAUAUAAAUUAAAAUGUAUUGGCAUUAUGUACUUCACUUAUGUCAAGGCAGUUUGUUUGUGAAUGUGAUCUUUAAACGGUCGCAACUAUUCCAAUAUGUUGAAAAUACAAAUUCCAGAAUCUCCAGCCAACAGAGACAUCAGGGAAAUGCAGACUAAAUAGUUCCAGAGGGCUCAAGGUCAGGGAAAGCUGAAUUAUUAUCCUAGCUUGAGACAGAGAGAGAGGAGUAGAUAUAAUGUAUAUUUUGUUAUGCGAAGAUAACCCGUGGGGAAUAUAGUGGUUAAGAUUUUGAAAUUGUAAUUCACCUUCAACCAAAGAACCUACUUAAUAACUGGACCUUUGGUCUCUCUCUUUCCCUCAGGCCAACCCACUUCACAGGGUUGUUGUUGCAAGGAUAAAAUGUAAACCCUGUUUAACAAGAUUUGAGCUCUUGGAGGAGAGAUGAGAUAUAUAUCUCAUAAAUUGUCACAUGCUAUUAUCAAAAAGGAGGAUAGUCUGAUGCUUCAGUACUGCAGUCUUUUUGAAAAGCAUUUAAUUUUCUCAAUGUCUUUAAAAGCUCAGCCUCUUUGGGAAGAACAAGAUAUUUCAAAUAGCCUGAUGCCAAGGCAUGGAACUCAUAAACAGCUGUAAUAACUGUCACCAAAAGCAGACCAAGUAGCCAGGGAAUCCCUUUUAGCAAGAAGCUAAAGGUGUUCCCUAAAAAUGUUUGUGGUUAAUAAUAUGUCCCAAAGAUGCUUUUUCAAAAGGCAACUGAAGAUUUUCUUUGUUUUUCCUUGAAGACAUUUCGCUUCUCAUCCAAGAAGUUUCUUUAGUUCUUAAUAAUAUGGUUAAUAAUACGGUUGUAGCAUUUGGAAUCAACUGAAGUGGUAGACACUUUCAGAACUAAGAUUAUGCUGUAAUAGUAAGAUGAAACAAAAAUAUUUUUCAGCAGAGCCUGGGUAUAUCCAAACAUAAGCAAAGACAGUGCAAUAGGCUUUGUUAUGCAAACAUACCCCAAGCAUUCACUAAAUCCAGGACAGAAUCCAGAAGCAAUUAUGGUUUGAAGUAAUAAAAAAGUCUGGAGAGGAAUAUACUGAACAGUAUUGGUAUAAAGUCAAUCUAGUUGGAUUUCUUUGACAUUUCUCUUAUCUCCUACCUAUAAUUUAUUUGACUUAAUAUUUCUUACUCUUUUCCUGUGCUUUGAAUAACAUUGGUUACUUCAGAAGUGAAUGUCCUGGGUAUAUGUGUAUGAUGUAAAAAUGAAUAUUGUAAAGACUGGAAUCAUUACUACAGAGUUGCAACUAUAGGUAAAGCAAAAUAACGUUGUGAAUAGGUUUUAAUGGGAGCACUCAUGCUCUUAAGCUUUUUCUCUCUGCAUUAAUUCCAACUGCAUCAUGGAAGAUAGACAGAACAUCAUUGUUUAUCAAGGGUUUUUAAGAAAUCAUAGAUCAGUUCCAGCAAAAGUUAAGCACAUUUUAGUGCCAUUAACAUUGAUUGAAGCAUAUGUUUAUAAAUAGGACUUGGUAUCUAUACAUUUAUAGGUAGUACUUCAGUGUUCUAUAUAUACUUUCUCAUAUUCACAUCCAAGGAGGCUUAGACUACAGUCAACAGCACAGACCUUAAUAGACAGGCAGGGCUUAGCAGAAGAAAAAUGUUUACUAAUACAGUUACUUUAGACAGCUAUGAGACGGUACAUGAUUAGACAAUGAUUGCAGGUACGAUUUAGCAUCUCUAGGCACUGAGGGCAAAACUAUGAUUUAAGACCCAGAAAGGGGGCAUGCAAAGUGAUAGAAAUUUUUGCCUUCACAAUGCCCUGAUUGGCCACUGUGUCAAAAUUUGAGAACCUUUUGCUAGGAGCACUAAACUACUCUUCUUUAGGAGAAAUAACUAGUGAAGAACAAGAAAUGCCUCUCUUCUCACUUAUUGCCAUAAAAUAACACUUCCUGAAUAUUGGUCCCUUAGAGAUAUAUCAGAAGCCAAAGAGAACAGGAUUAGUAUAUAUUUCCUUUUUACUUUUCAUAUUGCUUCAAGCUACAAUCUAUAAUUUCAUCCAAGUAUUGAAUAACUAUGCCCUGCUAGAUUAUAGCCUCAAUAUGUUUUUACCAAGGCUUCAAAUCAAUUGACUAAUAGCAUUAAGCUUGUUUUUUUUUUUAAAAAAAAUUGCCUACUAAUGUAGCUGUGCAUACAAUAAAAUAGAUUUGCUAUCCAAUGUGCAGUAUUAGUUAUUACAGAAAUAAUAAAAGGUGGGGUUAAAAAAUCUAAAAAACCUGGGAGACCCUGAGUUCUAUUACCACCUUAGGUGAAAAGCCAGCUGAGUGAUCUUGGGCCAGUUGCUUCUUUCAGCCCUAGGAAAGAAGCAAUAGCAAACCACUUCUUAAAAAUCCUGGUAAGAAAACUUCAGGGACUUGUCCAGGCAAUGUCUGAGAAUCAGGCUAGAUUGAAUGGAAGAAAAAAAAAGAAACUCAAGCAUUAUACAAGCAGAUACCUCUGUGGAAACCAUGUGUCUCCUACAACCCAACAGAAAAUGGCCCCAACAGGGCCCAGUGAAUGGGAAGGGAGAUGUUCAUCUGCAGAACCACAAGUGGCCAAUGGAUGUUGGAUAGAUUCCAUUUUGACAGUGUCAUCAAGCACAUCAUUUAUUAAGGAUGCUAGAUAUUAUCCACACCUAAAAUUAUGACAGGAGAAGAAGGAAAACACUAAAACUGAAACAGCUAAAUAUGAUAUUAAGCUUCUUCAGCUGUAGGAUGGCAAUGAGAUGAAGAAAAUGUUACCAGGCUAUGCCAUACAAAAACAGUUGCCAGGGCAUAUUUGCGCCUAUUAGAGGGACAUGAGAAUAUCCCUAAUUGUCUCUCCAACCCAAUAUUGUCAAACUGGUUUGGAGUAGCUCUUCAGUUUCACAUGCCAAGUUCUUUACCAUUCCUGGUCCAUGGCCCUUUUAACUGAAGUUGCCAAGGAGUCUGUCUUUACAAGGAGACCCUGGAAAUUUUAGAUGCAGAACUUUCAACAUUGUUGUUACUCUAAAUCCACUCAAGUGAUGGUUUCUAGCAGAGAGUGUUGAUGUGGGAAGUCUCCUCGGAGACAUAAAACUGAUUGGUAAUGACUAGCGUUGUCUCCUCCUUUCUCUGAUAUUUUCAUGAAGUUUCUGCUUUGGCCCCAAUAAAAUAAUACACGCUCUACAGCUGCAAUAUUUGAUGGGUUGCAAAACUGGGCUUCAAACUAAACUCAGCAAAAUCUAUUGGAAAUGUCCCAUUUUAUAAUUUUUCAUCAUGAUAAUCCUCUCCCCAUGAAAUAAUUGUAAAACUACAGUGAACUAUCCUCCAAUCCUCAGAAUGAACCUGAAACCAUGGAUAGUGAAUCAAAACCAACUGAUGGCAGACAAGGAGCCUAUGUUCCUUGCAAUUGAACCACCAAAAACAUCUGUUUCUCUGUGUUAGUAAUUCCACUUUUUAAGAAGAGUUUUUAAAAGAUGGGAACAAUUUCUGCAAAUACCAAAAAAAAGCACCUAACCCCUAACUCAUGCAUUUGUAAUUACCUGGUUUAGUCUGCACACUUCCUCAGUAUGAGUUUAGCUAGAAAUGCUGCAUACAUCUGAAUUCAAUCUAUCAAAGAGAAAGAGAAAGGAAAAGAGGUAUGAGUACUGGACACUUAACUAUUCUUGCAUCUGCCAAAACAUUCCUGUGCCAAAAAAGAGAGAAAGAGAGUAUAUCCUACACUAGAACUGUUUUCUAAAGAAGCCACUUGACUCCAAUUAAA